UGUAAAAGGUGUCACAGUAGAGCAAUCAAAACCCGAGAAUUGAAUACAACUAUCUAUAACCUCGUCUGACAAAAUAUCACGGAGGCUGGGUAACCUUUUCCAAAUUUGGUUCCGAAAACAGGAAAAACACGAAAAUCGUCAAAAAUGGAUAAUAAUUCAAAAGGUAAUUUAGGCCAGAACAGCAGCAAUGCAAGUAGCAAUGCUAGGCCUUUAUCGAUAGAAGCUUCUAGAACACCCAGUGCAAAUCAAAUACAAGUUGUUCCAAAUCAACCAAGACAGCCUCACAAUUUACAAGGACUAUUAAAAUUUGCUAUGGAGGCAACAAAAUCUGAAGAUGCACCAACUGUAUCAGGAUUUCAACCAAUGGACAAAGCUAGUAAAGACUUCUUGAGAAAGGCAUUUUCUUCUUUGACAGUAAAUGUAAUGGAAGAGCUUCAAAAGGAUCUUCUAUUGCUUCAAAAUGUAGUUGAUUUGAGGAAUGAGGAUGAUUCAUCAAAGUAUGAAGAUGCACUUGAAAGGUUAGCCGAUUGGACAAGCAGCAUGGAUGUGGCAAAUGAUUUUUACAAGAUUGGUGGAUUUUCCAUUUUGGGAUUAUGUUUAAAUUCAUUGCAUGAUGGAAUAAGAUCAAAAUCUGCUAAUCUCAUAGCAGAAUUAACACAAAAUAAUUCAUUCUGUCAAGAAAAAAUGUUGGUAGCUGGUUUUAUGCCUAUAUUACUACAUAUGGUAGAUUGUGAUACUCAUGAACAGGCAAGAAUCAAAGCCUUGUAUGCAGUUUCAUGUAUUGUUAGAGGACAACCAGAUGCAUUGAAAUAUAUAGAAACAUAUGAUGGUUAUUCAGUUCUGAUGAGAGCUAUCCAAAGUUCUGUAGAAAAGUUACAAAUAAAGUCAGCAUUCUUAUUGUCAUCUUUAUGUAACAGAGAUAAAGGAUAUGAAAUCAAAUCCACAUUAAUCCAAAUGGGACUGAUAGAACAAUUAGCUGGUUUACUUGCUAUGAGCAAUUUACUUCCAGAGACAAAAGAACAAUUACUUAAUCUACUCAAUGGUCUGACAAAUGACAAUUACUUCCUGGCUUUGAGAGAAUGUAGAAGACCUGAACUUUGUUUAAGACAAACUUUAAAAAGACAUUUUCAACAAUCCACAGUUGAGCAAAAUUUAGAUAUACAAGAUAUAUGUACAGAACUUUUAGACAAAAUUUUUGCUGAUCAAGCUGCAGAUGAAGAUAGAUAAUUUGUAAAUUGAAAGAUGUACUUGAACCUAUACAUAAAUCAUAUUUACUCAUUUUUAGAGAAAACCAUGUUAUUUUACUAUAAUCAGUUAAUA